UGCUAUUUCUGAUUAAGUUUCUGUGCAUCCCGUCACACCGCCAGGAGUUGUGCGCAGCUUCCCGGACGUGCUCGCGUCGCGCCGCGCCUCCCACUCGUCCCGUUCUCCCUCCCUCCAAAGGUGACCGGAGAGUCGCGCUCUGUGCCCGUUAUUUACCGUCCCGAAGUUGAAGCGGAACCUGACGCAGAUCAGCUGAUGGAGGUUCUCUGGUGGGCGUGCAGCUCUUCUCUCCAUCCUUCCCCUCUGCAGGUGAAUCGUUCCUCACAUGUUCGUGUCCGCGCUGCUGCGCUCUUCUUCGCCCGGGCUUCGUCUUCAUUCAAAGUCAUGUCCCCCCUGACGCUCAGAUGUUGGUGAAAGGACGCGCAUGCGUUGAUUUAUUUUGGAAUACUAAUUUUGUCUCCUAAGUUGCGUCCCGGCGAGUAUUCGAUGUGGAAGCCGCUGGCAGCAUCAGAGUUGCCAGCAAUGUGGAUUACAGUCUGCAGCGUGUCUCUGCUCAUCACUGUGGUCUGCGGUGCGCAAAGCGCAAACGAACCCAGCAAUAUGUCCUACGUGAAAGCGACUGUUGACAAGUUGCUGAAGGGCUAUGACAUCCGUCUGCGGCCUGAUUUUGGAGGAGCUCCGGUGGAUGUGGGAAUGAGCAUAGACAUCGCCAGCAUUGACAUGGUGUCUGAAGUCAACAUGGACUACACCAUCACCAUGUAUUUCCAGCAGUCUUGGAGGGAUAAGCGGCUGUCCUAUACAGGCAUUCCCCUAAACCUGACCCUGGACAACCGGGUGGCUGACCAGCUCUGGGUUCCUGACACCUACUUUAUUAAUGACAAGAAGUCUUUUGUCCAUGGGGUGACUGUCAAGAACAGGAUGAUCCGACUACACCCUGACGGAACUGUGCUUUACGGCCUCAGGAUCACCACGACAGCCGCCUGCAUGAUGGACCUUCGCAGAUACCCGCUGGAUGAACAGAACUGCACCUUGGAGAUCGAGAGCUAUGGAUACACCACAGACGACAUUGAGUUUUACUGGCAGGGAGGAAGCAAUGCGGGGUCAGUCACUGGAGUUGAGAACAUCGAGCUGCCUCAGUUUUCCAUCAUUGAUUACCAAACCCUGUCCAAGAAAGCCGUGUUUGCCACAGGUUCGUAUCCACGACUGUCACUGAGUUUUAAGCUCAAGAGGAAUAUUGGCUAUUUCAUUCUGCAGACUUACAUGCCGUCCACCCUGAUCACCAUCUUGUCCUGGGUCUCCUUCUGGAUAAAUUAUGAUGCAUCAGCUGCCAGAGUGGCUUUAGGUAUAACCACGGUGCUGACCAUGACCACCAUUAACACCCACCUGAGGGAGACACUGCCAAAGAUCCCAUACGUUAAGGCCAUUGACAUUUACCUCAUGGGCUGCUUUGUCUUUGUGUUUCUGGCCCUGCUGGAGUAUGCCUUUGUUAACUACAUCUUUUUUGGACGUGGUCCUCACCUACAGAAGAAAGCAGCGGAAAAGGCUGCUAAGUCCAACAAUGAGAAUAAGGGCCGACUGGAGAGCAGCAAAGUGCAGGUCGACGCUCAUGGCAACAUCCUCCUGACGAACCUCCCCUCUGAGAUGGGGGGACCGGAUAUGAUGGGCGCCCUCAACGAUCCCCGGGCCACCAUGUUCUCCUACGACAGCGCCAGCAUACAGUACCGCAAGCCCAUGACGAGCCGGGACCUGUAUGGACGGCCAGCCCUUGACCGGCCAAUUGGACACAAGAAAAGCCGCCUGCGGAGGAGAGCCUCACAGCUGAAAGUCAAGAUCCCGGAUCUCACAGACGUCAACGCCAUAGACAAGUGGUCCCGGGUCGUCUUCCCGAUCGCAUUCACCUUCUUCAACUUGGUCUACUGGCUGUAUUACGUCCACUAGAGCAGUGGUUGUGAGCAUGAGUGGUGGCUGAUGGGUACUCUUUUUUUUUUUUUUUCUCAAGGGAAGCUCAAACCUGUACAGUAAGGAAAGUAGAAGAGCCCAUUUGUACAAAUCCUCUUUUGGAACGAGUAGUUCUAGUCUUUACAGUGUAAAUACAAUUUAAUAUAUGAAAUAUAUAAAUCAAUAUAUAUAUAAAGACAGAGAUAUAAUUUAUUAAAAAAAUUCAAUUUUGCUGUGUACAUACAGUUAGUUAUAGAGAAAGAAGUAGUGGUGAAUUAAAGACAGUAAAGUUUUGGUAUUUACAGGUUCAAAGAUGCCAAACACAUUGGUGGCUUUUGUUUGUCUUCUUUUUCUUUAAGCCCUCCUUUUGCAUGUUAAUAGAAGUCAAAUUUUGUUUGCUUCCAAUGCAAAAAACAAAAUAGAAACCGAACAAAAACACAAGGUAACUCAAACAGGAUCAAACUCCAGCUGAGUAAGGUUAUUGUGAAAAACAGAGGGACAAAAUAUAAGACUGAUGCAGAGACAGAUUAAACUCUCCAUCCAUCCUUGCAUACUUACUACAUCCAUAGAUCUGUAUAGGUAACAAACCAAUCCCUCUCUCUUCUUAUAAAAUAAAAGUGUUGCCAAGUCAGAAGGAAUAUGUAAUCCUUUCACUUCUGUUUCUGCAUCCAAGACUCCUCUCAGUGGGCUGUACCUGAAAAUCCUUCCAGCCGAGGCCUCCUGAUCAGAAGAUCUAUUCCUUUAAGAGUUGAUCUGUAACUAAUGACCAAAGGUGAAGGUGGGAAGGUCGACCAGUAAAUCCAGAGCUUAGCCUGAAUCCCAGCUCAGUUUGGUCUUCACCAUGAUAGACAGCAACAACAUCUUCAUUACUCCAGGCAAAGUCUAAUCCAUCUGUUCAUUUCCUGCUCCAUCUUGCCAUCAUCCGGGACAAAGCACCGAUGUACUUCCUGUGUUCCUAGACCCAGGAUCACUGGGGGUACCCAGGUCCCUCCAUAACAUUAAAGUGGUUCUGCUGAAGGAAUUUUGUUCUUGAUUGAGUUCUCACUGGUCUCUGACCUUUUUGUUGUUUGUAGAAAACUGAUGCACAUUGAAGAUUAACUAGAAUUGUUAAGCCUGCUAAAAUUAGGCUUUAUUAUUCAUAAAUGCUGGCAAUACUCUGCCCAAGAGCUGCAAGUCUGGUAUCUCACCUGACCAACUGCUGAAUCAGCUCUUCAUCAGAGAACCAUCUGAAUUGAACUUAACAUAUAUGUGAAAGUCACACAAUGAACCAGACUCCAGGAUUUAGAGUACACAUGGAUUCAAACCUCUACUGUAAAUUAAUAACUCUGGUAAUGUUAUUUGAAACUUAAACGUCAGCUAACUUUUUGAUCCCAUCCAGUGAGCUUUGUGCCAUGUGUGUAUUAAACAACAUUGGCUCCAGUUAUAGGUUUCCCAGCUCGGGUUUAUCUCAGUCUAGAUGACAUGUCAGUAAAGAUCUGUUGUAUUUUUGCCUCUCUUUCUUCUGGCCUUAUGUUUAUAGAGAUGGUAGAGCUAAGUUUCAUUUUAUUUACAAAAUGGAAACUUCUUUUCAUUAUGUCACUGUUUAAAGAUUUCACAGCCAGAGAUAGGGAUAUAUUGGAAAACUGGUGCUUAUAUUUUCUACUGCACAAGUCCCACAAAUCUUUAUGGAAGGCGCCAAGUCAUCUGGCUUUUUCAGCAGGAAAGGCCUCUUUUGGCAUUUAGAGCUGCGUCACGACUUUGGAUUCUGCAGCAGAGAGAAACGAUUAAUUUUUCUCAUCUACAGAGACAAACACUUCCUUUGGAAAAAGUCCACCGAAUUUUAUCUAUGAACUCUUUUAAUCUGGUUAUGCUGCUAUACUUUAGAUCAUUUGGAGAUAUAGGAUAGAUUUUUAUCCUCUGAAAAUGUUACUUUGUAAAACUUAGAGCAGCAAAUUCCACACUAUGCCUUUUUUUCCUCAUUAAUUUUACAGUUCUUGACAAAACAGUUUAGCACCCAGAGAGUGCUGGAAAUUAAAUUAACUGACUAACUAAAUUGCGCCACUAGAAAUGCUGCCAUCUUUGCUCUAAGAUUUUUUGCCAUAAGACAACACAAGGUGUUGUAAAUAGUGAUUCCAGAGAGGUCGUAAUGUUCGGAGCACAAUGGAGUGAUCCUCAUUAUGGUUAGCCUUGGAUGACUGGAACCUUCAUUCACGGUAACCCAUUAGUUCAAACAUCUGACCAUUGAAAGGUCUGUUUACUGGCCUAGGUUGAGUAGAUUGUGGGCCUCUGGGCUACACAGUUACAAUAGAUUGAUGGUUUUUACGUGUUUGGGGUUGAGGGGUAGGUUAGAGUCAGUGUUGUGACAUCAUUGUCUUAAAAUAGUUGUGCAUUGCUUAUCUAUAUGAAAAUUCAACUGAUGGAAAGCACUUCAUUUGAUAUGAGCUUAGAAGUUAAAAUUAAGUAACUUACCCUAAAAUCUGUUGAAUAAGACCCACCUUUUCUGAAAAAGAAAAGGGGGUGAUAGUGUGAAAAUCUUGGGAUGCUUAGCUAAUGCACCUGUUGGAUCCUUUUUUAUUAUCCAGGUCAGUUUGUACCAUUCACAUGCUGGUACUCUACAUGCUAUGGUGCCUAAACUCAUGCAAACAAACAAUGCAAGCUCUUUUAAAAUCCUUCCAGUUGUAAUACAGCAGUUUCUGUCUCCUGACCUUCUCUCUUUGUUCUGACUGUCAUAUGCUCUGGUUAGUGCCAGAUGCCAGCACUUACACUCUGUGGUGGCCAUUUGAAACUCCAUAGGAAUAGAAUCAUGUCCAUCUGUCACUGUUGUGCAUGUGGACCAAAAUACACCUAGAUCAGGCAAUUCCUUCUGGAAGCUGAUCUGUUUCUCUCAGUCAGUGUAUUAUAAAGUCUUUUUUAAAUUUAUAUUUUUUAAUUCACUUUUCUGCAUACGAUUUUUCUUAAGAAUUACCAUUCUGUCCAAUCACAGCUACAAGGCAAAAUUAAUCCCAACAUGUUUUUCUUUGUUGUUAUUUUUGUUAUGUGAAAGUAAUGAUCCUCAGAUGAAAGGCUGCAAGUUUUAUGAGGGCUUUAAUUACAGAGAAUCAAAUAAACACCAGACAAGCUUCUGCUGGACUCGAUCACAGCGGUGUGCUCUUUCUGUGCGGCUGAACUUUGUGCCUUUAUACCAAGAAUCUCAACAUUUUACAGGGUUAUCUUAUGAGUGGUAAGGAAAACAUGUUGAGCUUUUUGUAGAACAAUAUGAAUUGGAGACAGAACUCAUUUCUCAGACUCUAUUGUAUGUUACCAUUAUCUAAGCGUAGAUUGUAGUGAGACAUUCCAGCAUUAUGACGACAAUCUUUCAAAGAAAAAGGAAUGGAUGCUUGGCUUCCCUGUCAGAACAAAUGAAGCACCAGAGAUGGACCUCUUUUCUGUGGACGGAGGAGCUAAUGGAUGCAGCAACUGGUUUCCCUGCAGGCUGCAUCUGCAGAGGAUGAAGCUUCUGAUUCUUUAAAGUGAUGUUCCACAUGUGCACUCAAGUGGAACGGCCUGUGCGGAUUUCAGCAAACACAAGACACCAUGUGUGACUGUCUGUGUGUGGAAGGUGAAAGAAUGCCAUGGACAGGAAUCAUUUGUGUCAACUUACAGAGAAUUAAGAGUCCAAAUAAAGCUGCUGAGAUCUCUGCA